UUUGAACCAAUAGUGAGAGUUUGUCAGUGAGAGAAGCGGGAACCAACCCACUCUCACUGCUUAUAUGUAUCACUCACUCACUCAUUCACUUCCUCACUUUGUUCAAAUUUUAAGUAACAAACUUUUCUUCUUCUUCGCAUGGCCGAUCACGUGUUUCUUCCCACCUCCGUCGACAAUCUGAUCGAGGAAAUCUGCCGGAGCCAGAACCAGUCUCCGCCGGACUCCAAUCUCCGCCGAGAACUCGCCGCCGCGGGAGAGGAAAGAGCGCUUUACAUCCUCCGCGCAAUCGCCCGAAGCUCAAUCCGAACCACUCUCUCCGCAUUCACCAAACACAUGCUCAAGCAAACCAACUCUCCCUCGCCCACUCCCACCCCCACCCCCACCCCCACGCGCCCCUACCAGCACUCGCUCCACGCGCCGCAGAUGCAGGCGCUCGGCGAAUUGGAGUUCCGAAAGGCCUUUCUGCUUCUCUCUUACAUCGGACGAGAGAGUCUUGAGAAAGUUAUCACCGAUGCUGACUAUAUUAGAAAGCUCAAAGACUUGCCUAUGACAACGUUCGAGAAAACAAUAUGGGAAGAUUUGGGGAAAAAUUACAUCUACCGUGAAAGUGAUCGGCAAGUGUAUCUUGACUGGGAUUCCGGUCGGACGCAUGUAUAUCAAUGUUAUGUUUCUUCAGAUGGGAGCUUAAGGUUCAAGGGCCCUAUAUUACAAAGCACGCAAAGACACUUGCAGAAAUCUCUUGGGGAUGAUAAUGUUUUGCAAGUUAAAUUUGCUGAAGAUGGGAAUGGAAAGAAUUUAAGGACCAGUGCUGAAGAAGCGAAUGAACUCUAUGGAAAGUUUGGAAAAGAAGGGAUCCAAGUUGGUCUGCGUUUGUAUCGUUUUUUUGUUUUUAAAGAUGGAGGAAAAGAGGAAAAGAAGAAGGACUCAACAAGUUCUUCUGUAAAGUGCUAUUUUGUUAGAAUGCAAUCCUGUUGUUCUGCCGAUGAGAGUGCUGUUUACAUUUUGUCUAAUAAGACAGUGUCUGAAGCAAGAACUUUAUUCAUGCAUGCUCACAUGUUGCCCAGUUUGGACAAGUAUAUGGCCAGGUUCUCUCUCAUUCUGUCAAAGACCAUAAAACUCAACAUUGACUUGGCAACUGUGAAUGUCCAAACAAUACAAGAUGUAUAUUGCAAGGACGAAAAUGGCAAUAUAAUAUAUCAUAAUGAGAAACCACGUAUCCUCACGGAUGGAACUGGCUUCAUCUCUAGAGAUUUGGCAUUGUGCUGCCCUAACAAUGUGUUCAAAGGAAGGAACUUCGAGCAAAAAUAUAUCCAGGAAAUUAACAAUCUUGUUGAGCCUGAGGAUACAAGUAAGGCAAUGGGAGAAGCAGAGCUGAAGCUGAGCACACAUCAACCGCCUUUGCUGAUUCAGUGCCGUCUCUAUCACAUGGGUUGUGCAAUUAAGGGUACUCUUUUGGUUAACACAAAGCUUCCUCCUAGGACAAUACAGGUUCGGCCUUCAAUGAUUAAAGUUGAGACAGACUCGAGUCUCCUGAAUAAGCAAAGCAUAAAUUCAGUGGAGGUAGUAACCACAAGCAACAAACCAAAUAGAACAUAUUUAUCUAAAUAUCUUAUUGCACUUCUGAGCUAUGGAGGAGUUCCAAAUGAAUUCUUCAUGGAUUUACUUAGGAGUAAUUUAGAAGAUGCAGAACAUGUCUACUCCAAUAAGCGUGCUGCACUUAGAGCUUCCAUCAACCAUGGUGAGAUGGAUGAAUACAUUGCAGCUGAAAUGAUUUUAUGUGGGAUACCUUUGGAUGAGCCAUUUUUGCAGUAUCAUUUGUCUAUACUUUCGAGGGAAGAAAAAAAGAAGCUUAGAGGAGGGAGGAUAUAUAUGCCUGAUUGUUUCUAUUUAAUGGGGACUGUAGAUCCCACUCCCAGGGGAUGCCUAGCAGAGAAUGAAGUUUGUAUAAUUCAUGAGAAUGGCCAAAUUACCGGGGAUGUGCUGGUUUAUAGAAAUCCAGGUUUACAUUUUGGUGACAUUCACAAAAUGCAAGCCAGAUAUGUGGAAGAGUUAGAAUCUUAUGUUGGACAUAGCAAGUAUGCAAUUUUUUUCCCACGUGUUGGAACUCGCUCAGUGGCAGAUGAGAUUGCUGGAGGUGAUUUUGAUGGUGACUUGUACUGGGUUUCUAAACAUCCCCAGCUAUUACAAUAUUUCAGAAAGGGUGAUCCUUGGAUGGAAAAUUCUGCACCUUGCAAUUCUGUUGGAUCUGAAUCUAGUGUUAAAAGGCCAAGUGCAUUUUCAGCUGAGGAACUUGAGGAAGAACUUUUUAGAUUAUUCCUUGAAGCUCGAUUCCAGCCAAGUAACACAGUAGGUGGGGCAGCUGAUAGCUGGAUGGCACUCAUGGAUCGUCUUUUGACAUUACAAAAUUACGGUUCUCAAGAGAGUGAGAAGGAACAUGUCAAAGAAAAUAUACUUAAAUUGAUCGAUAUAUACUAUGAAGCGUUAGAUGCUCCUAAGCAAGGUGGAAGAAAGGUUCAAGUUCCAAAAGAUUUAACUGCAGAAAUGUUCCCGCACUAUAUGGAAAGGGAUAAAUCGUUCACUUCAACCUCUAUCUUAGGUUUAAUUUUUGACGAGGUUGGCAAAUGGCAAACAAGAGACUUGUCCCCGCAAGAAAUCAAAAUGCUCCCCUGUUUUGAUGUUAAAGUACCUACCAGCUAUAUGGAAAAGUGGGAACCACUAUAUGGAGAAUAUUUAAAAGAUAUGACUGGUGCUUUGGCGGACAAACCUAAAGCCAGAGAGGAGGCAGCCGAAGUCAUUAGAAAAUAUAAGGAGAAAUUGUAUGGUGCUGCUAAGAUGGAGGAUAGUCCGAAGAAUGUUACUGAUAUUUAUAACGAGGCUUUGGCUGUGUAUCGCCUUGCUUAUCAAUAUGCCGUUAAAACAAAUACAGUCUCUAAAUGUGGCUUUGCAUGGAAGAUUGCGGGUUCAGCUUUGACUAAGCUUUAUAUCAUAAAACAAAAUCAGAAGCUUCUGAACUGUGCUCCAUCUGCAUUGCGUGAGAUUUUUGGUUCAUGAAGCAUGUUAUUAAACUGAUGUUGUAUAGUAUAUACCAUUAUUUUAAGUUAUCCUUUUCUUGUUUAGUCUUUCAUAUCUCAUAACUCUCUCUCUCUCUCUCUUUCAUUGCAUUACAUUAUAUCUCUUAUUUCCUUCUACAGUUAACACCUCAUCACAAGUUUAAUUUAACAUGUCUUAGCAAGCACAAGAGGAAGACAUGUAUAAGAGGAUUAACCUUCAAAUCUUAAAUGUUUUAGAAUAUUUAUUAUCAGUUUCUUUUGUCUAGUUUGAA